GGAAGUCAAACGAACAUAACUUUGUUGUAUACGGACUCGAACAAAGAGACAGAAUCUCGAGCGCUCACGUCGUUCCUCGUACCGGAUUUCACCGAUCAGUGGACCAAAUUUGCGUUGGAAGUUCACGACGACAACGUUGUGCUCUACUUCAGAUGCACACGAUUCGCGACUCGACAGGUGAAGCGGAAACCCUCGCAACUGAUUAUGGAUGAUGCUCAUAAAUUGUAUAUCGCGAGCGCUGGACCGAUACUGAAAGGAGAAUUCGAGCAACCAUUUUGCUCGCCCUUACCGGACAGAGCCAAGAAUAUCAAGCAGUAA